GAUCGUCUCGAACUUUACGUGUUGCUAUUAAUGCAGGAACGGCGCGCCGACCCUAAAAAAUUCUUUAUAUUUGGCGGGUGCCCACACCCAGUCUUACCUCUCAGUUUUAGCGAGCUUCUUGACGUAUCGCACACGACCUGAGGUCGCAUUCAUCUGACAAGUAUAUAAUCCCCAAAGACCGGCUAGCCAAUUCUUCGAUAAUUCAACAUGGUCGGCGUUCCUGGAAAGUAUAAAGGGUGUAAUACCUGCCGAGCUAGGCGAGUGGCAUGCGACAACGGAAGGCCGUUCUGCAAAAAGUGCACGGAUUAUGGUCGUGAAUGCGGUGGAUACGAGAGGGAGACCGUAUUCAUAGUCGGCACUCCGGAUGACAAAGGGAGAUGCUCGUCUCAUCCGCCACGAAACCAGCAGAGCAGGAAAGCCAAAGGCAAGGCGAUUCAGCGUACAGAUAAGCUGGAUUUCACCGCUACCGAGCCGUGGCAGCCCGCAUGGAUAGACGUAAUUUCGUUAUCGUCAGCUGCCGGAUCGCAUCGCGUCCGCUUUGUUGCUCUUCAGACGGACCUCGACUCCGCGAUUCGGCCUGGAAGCGGUUCGCCACAGAGGGACGCCGACGUCAAACUGUCCCUCAAGGGGUUUCGCGCUCUCGACGCGAAGCCAACAUUCGGUCACGAACCUUUUAGUAUGAAAUCUCGCUGCCUUAUCAAUCUACCGCCGAAAAGCAGCAAUAGGCAGGCGGGAAGUGUUAGCACGGACGGAUUUUGCGUAUUCCUAUACGAGCAAAAUUCUUCGGCUGCUUACAGUAGCGAAGCGCCGUGGAAAGCUCCGCUUACCCUAUCCGACCGGAUUCGUGAUCGAGGUCCUGCCGCGUACCAGUCUUUCCCGGAGCACCAUUUCUUUGCUCGGGUUUAUAGACCCAGUGCUAUUUGGGCGGCCUUGCUCAACCGUCAGCCAACCUUCCUUUGCUCGCCCGAGUGGACAGUGGUACCGUGGGAACGACACCCUAGAACGCCGUUUGACGAUCUGCUCGACAUAGUUGUUCUUCUACCGUCGAUAUUCUCGCAAGCGAGUAACAUAUCACCGCUGGAUGCGCCUAGCUGCCGUCGGCUAAAGGCGAAGGAAUUUUUGGACUGCUGCGUCAAUAUCGAAAGGCAAUUCGACAUCUGGUAUAGCAUGUUGCACCAGAGAGUUGGCGAGUCAGGGUCUAUGCUAUACUGGACGGCAGAUGCGAUGACGACCGAAACGCACGUGCCCUUCUCUAGCGUAUUCAACUUCCCUUCGCCAUUGAUAGGACUAGUUCACGUCUACUACUGGGCUGUUCUUAUCAGUUUUCACCAGUGCAUAUAUGCGAUGCUGGAUAACAUCUUCGAAUCCGAGGGGAAGGUAGUUCCCGGCGGCCCCAGCGUAUUACCGGAGAUACCUCCGGGAUUAGAUAUCCAGAAGUAUCAGCCCGCUCAGACGAGGAUGCUGGUGGAAAACGUGUGCCGAAGCUUGGACUUCACCCUCCAGACCACGUGGCAGCCGGAUCUCUUGGCCGCUCCUCUAUGGGUUGUCAAAGAGUUCUAUGACGGAAUCGGUCACUUUGGAGACGGGGAGCUAGAACGCCUAUGGUGCAUAGGGUUUAGGGGUAGAUUGGAAGCAAAAGGCGGCGAGAUGAGUGCGUGUUUGCAGGAAAAGAAAUGGGUUGAUGUCAAGAGGUUUGGAUAGGUACGGUAACAUUGGUAAAAGUAACUGGCGUAACGGAUGUGGGGAACCGAACUUAAAGCACAGUCAUGAGUUUUCGCUA